AUGUCCAAAUCUAAGGAGGACGAAGUCAAAAUCCCGAAUGUGAUUAUUGACACUAAGAACAACAAGAAGUAUAAGAAAUGCAGCUUUCUAGGAAAGGGUGGUUUUGCAAAAUGCUAUGAAAUUAUUGAUAUGAAAACCAAGGAGGUAUUUGCAGGAAAAAUUGUGUCAAAACAAUAUCUUUUGAAACAUAAUCAAAAAGAUAAAAUGACUCAAGAAAUAUUUAUUCACAAGGUGUUGAAUAACAAAAAUAUUGUUUCUUUUCAUAGUUUUUUUGAGGAUAAGGAUUUUGUUUAUAUUGUCUUGGAGCUUUGUCGAAAAAGAUCUAUGAUGGAGCUUCACAGGAGGAGGAAAACACUUACUGAACCUGAAACUCGUUACUACGUGCAUCAAAUUCUCCAAGGUACAUUAUAUUUACAUCAACAAAACAUUAUCCAUCGGGAUCUGAAGUUAGGAAAUUUAUUCUUAAAUGAUGAAAUGGAAGUUAAAAUUGGGGAUUUGGGCUUAGCUGCAAAAAUUGAAUUUGUUGGACAGCGUAAAAAAACAUUAUGUGGUACUCCAAACUAUAUUGCUCCAGAGAUUCUCAGUAAAACAGGUCAUAGUUUUGAAGUGGAUGUAUGGUCUAUUGGUUGUAUUAUGUAUACACUGUUAGUUGGAAAACCACCAUUUGAAACAAACUCUUUGAAAGAAACAUAUGCACGAAUAACACGAUGUGAUUAUAAUAUACCUUCUCAUUUAAAUAAGAAUGCUAGAACACUUAUUGAAAAAAUGCUUCAAUUUGACCCUAAAAAACGUCCUCUAAUUUCUGAAAUAUUGAAAGCUGACUUCUUCACUACUGGUUACAUGCCUAAAAAGUUGCCGCCCUCUUGCCUAACUACUGCACCUCGUUUUGAUUCUAUCAACUAUAGAGAAUCAAUUUCUAAUCGUAGACCACUAAUUGAACUCAACAGUCCAAAACCUGCUGUUAAUAAAUCUGCUUUAAAAUCUCAAGACCCAGGUUUAAAAAGUCCAAUGUUUACUGUGCCAAGCAGACCUUCCGUUGGAAAUGGUGUAUCUACAAUUGAUUGUAAAGAACAUAUGAUUUCUCUUGAAAAAGAAUUGGAAAAUUUAUUAAAUCAAAAACCAUCUAAAACUAGAAUGAGCAAUAUGGAAGAAACCACUGAUCCAGUUGCUCAACCUCUCAUUUGUGUUAGUAAAUGGGUUGACUAUUCUGAUAAAUAUGGAUUUGGUUAUGAAUUAUCCGAUGAUAGUGUAGGUGUCAUGUUUAAUGAUUUUACCCGAAUUGUACUAUUGGCUAACUUAAAGGAUGUCCACUAUAUUGAAAAAAAUGGCUUUGAACAAUACUAUACUAUUGACCAAACGCCACCAAAACUGGAAAAGAAAAUUAAGUUGUUGAUGUACUUCAGGCGAUACAUGGAUGAUCAUCUUAAUAAAGCUGGAGAGGAUUUAUUAGCUAAAGAUGCAGAUCAAUUGAGUCGUACUCCAUAUCUGUACCAGUGGUUUAGAUCUACUUCGUCAGUUAUUAUGCAACUCACAAAUGGGACUCUACAAAUAAACUUCACAGAUCAUACAAAAGUCAUAUUGUGUCCACUAAUGAAAGCUGUGACCUUUGUUGAAGAAAAUAUUUUUCGUACAUAUCGUUUCAAUACAAUUGCGGAAAAUGGCUGUAGUCCUGAAUUUGAAAAAUGCUUACAUUAUGCUCACAAGAAAAUUGGCUUUAUAUUGAAAAAUAACAAAUAA